UUUUGAAGUGACAAAUGCAUUUUCCUAGUACGCCCUUUAAGUUUUUGGUAUAAAUAUGGAUAAAUCCUAUGUAUUUAACCAAAAUAAACUACUCCACCAGAGAAAUUGCAAAGUAUAGGCAGACAUAAGUAACUACAAAAUGAGUUAUUCAUACGAAGAAGAUGUUUCUGCUGUUGUCAUUGACAACGGGUCCGGCAUGUGCAAGGCAGGAUUCGCCGGUGACGAUGCACCUAGGGCCGUAUUCCCUGCGAUAACAGGCCGACCAAGAUAUGAUAUAGUAAUGGCGGGGAUGGGCGGAAAAGAAACCUACAUCGGUGACGAAGCUCAAAGUAAACGCGGUGUCCUGUCACUGAGGUAUCCAGUGGAACAUGGAAUCGUUACAAACUGGGACGAUAUGGAGAAAAUCUGGCAUCAUACCUUCUAUAAUGAGCUCCGUGUUGCACCAGAAGAACACCCCGUACUCCUCACUGAAGCACCAAUGAAUCCAAAGGCGAACCGAGAACGAAUGACUCAGAUUAUGUUUGAGACAUUCAAUGCUCCUGCCUUUCACGUUUCCAUACAAGCUGUCCUUUCUCUUUAUGCCGCCGGUCGAACAACAGGAGUUGUGUUUGAUUCAGGCGACGGCGUCUCCCACGUUGUACCGAUCUAUGAAGGAUAUGCUUUGCCUCAUGCAAUUCAGCGGAUGGACUUGGCGGGGAGAGAUCUGACAAAAUAUUUGUCCAGAAUUCUUCAUGAGCGUGGGUAUAAUUUUACAUCUUCUUCCGAGAUGGAAAUAGUUCGUGAUAUUAAAGAGAAAAUGUGUUAUUCUGCAUUAGAAUUUGAACAAGAAAUGUGUUCUGCCGCGAAGUCGUCAAUUGCUGAAAAAAGUUACGAGCUUCCAGAUGGACAAGUCAUGACGAUCGGAAAUGAAAGGUUCCGUUGUGUAGAAACUCUGUAUCAGCCAUCUUUCAUUGGAAUGGAAAACGUCGGUGUUCAUGAACUACUUUACAAUUCCGUUAUGAAAUCAGAUAUAGAUAUUAGGAAAGACUUGUUUGCAAACGUCGUAUUGUCAGGUGGUACAACAAUGUUUCCCGGUCUUGCAGAUAGAAUGAAACGUGAACUCGACAACCUGGUUCCCAGCACAAUGAAGGUGAAGGUUAUUGCUCCACCCGAACGGAAGUAUUCAGUUUGGAUCGGAGGAUCGAUUCUGUCUUCCUUGUCCACAUUCGGUCAGAUGUGGAUUUCAAAACAAGAAUAUGACGAGUGUGGACCUAGUAUUGUCCACAGGAAAUGUUUCUAAACUCUCACAAACGACAUAAAAUGUGCAAUAAAAUAUUCCACUGAUGGACUUAGUAAAUGUACGACAUGGCUUGAGGUAGCCUUAAUGUAUGAAAAAUACUUUAGAAUGAAAUUAGACGAGUUGACAGGAAAGAAAUGAACCUUCUUGCCGUUUUCGGCAGUUACAUGAGUAAACAAUAAGCUCAUUUCAGUGAAAUUCGCAUGACAUUGUGAAAAAGAUGAAUUGUAUCUUAGUUUGAAGAAAAUUUUAUU